AUGGCUCUUAAAAGAAUUAAGAAAGAAUUAGAGGAUCUCCCUAAAGAUUUACCAACGAAUUGUUUUGUGAAUCUUUUUGAGGAUUAAGAUUUUUAUAAAUGGAAGGCAACAAUUUUAGGAUCAGAAGGUUCUUUUUAUUAAGGUGGUCGUUUUAAUCUUUAAAUAGAAAUUCCUAAGGAUUAUCCUUUCAGACCACCAAAAGUUUGGUUCUUAACUCCUAUAUAUCAUCCAAAUAUUAAUUCACAAGGAUAAUUAAGUUUAGAUGUAUUAAAAGAUUAGUGGUCUCCAGCUUUGAAAAUUAGUAAAAGUAAUUUAACAAUUUAGUAUAUAUAGUUCUUUUAGUUAUUUGUGAAGUAUUGGAAGAUCCAAAUCCAGAUGAUCCAUUAGAUCCAGAAAUUGCAAAAAUUUAUAAAUUCAAUAAAUAACUCUUUAUAAAAAAUGUAUAAGAAUGGAUUCAAAAGCAUGCAAAUUGA